CUCUGCGGCAUCUGACGCCCCGCGUGGCGCGGAGGGGCGUGGGGAAUGACCCAGUAGUCGUGAGUGCUGUGCUCGUGACCCUGCUUUUCGCUGAACUUGAGGUUAUUAGGACCUUUCUGGUGCGCAAUUGUGUGCAAGGUAUAUCUCCAUGAAUAACUUAAAUGACCCCCCAAAUUGGAAUAUCCGGCCUAAUUCCAGGGCUGAUGGGGGUGAUGGAAGCCGAUGGAAUUAUGCCCUUUUGGUUCCAAUGCUGGGAUUGGCUGCUUUUCGUUGGAUUUGGUCUAGGGAGUCUCAAAAAGAAAUAGAGAAAGAGAGAGAAGCGUACCGUCAGAGAACAGCUGCUUUCCAGCAGGAUCUUGAAGCUAAGUACCAUGCCAUGAUCUCAGAGAAUCGGCGUGCUGUUGCUCAGCUGUCUUUGGAACUUGAAAAGGAACAAAACAGAACGACGAGUUAUCGAGAAGCCCUUAUCUCUCAGGGGCGCAGGUUGGUAGAAGAAAAGAAGCUGCUGGAACAGGAACGGGCUCAGGUCAUGCAAGAAAAGAGACAGUUGCAGCCCUUGAGAAAUGCAUAUCUGAGCUGCCUGGAAAAGGAGGAAGACUGGCAAAGGAGAGCCAGGCUUCUGCUGAAAGAGUUUGAAGAUGCUCUGACAGAAAGACAGAAUAUCUACUGCAGUCUGAUUCUCCCUCGCAACAAGAGACUGGAAAUAGAGAAGAGCUUGCUGGUUCGAGCAUCCACUGACCCCGUUGCUGCUGACCUAGAGAUGGCAGCUGGCUUGACUGACAUAUUUAAGCAUGAUACAUACUGUGGUGAUGUCUGGAAUACCAACAAACGCCAGAAUGGGCGACUCAUGUGGCUGUAUCUCAGAUACUGGGAAGUGAUUGUUGAACUGAAGAAGUUUAAGAGAGUAGAGAAAGCCAUACUAGCAAAGUAAGAGAAGACUGGAAUAAAACUUCUUUUAGUGACUCAAAGUCAGACCAUCGUUGUGGCGUUCUGGGCUAUCCCGUGUUUUCCCCUAUGUUGUGCCCCUGUGCGCAUACAGCCACCUUCCUGCAGAGUGGCUUUCCAAUCUUGCCAUCCUCUGAGCAGGAAGUGAGGCCUCAGGACGAAGGCUUGCCUCCUUGAUCCUCUUCAGCUAUUAAGGAUGCAGUUUCUCAGAAGCGUUUUUUAAGCUGUCAGUAUUUUAUUAAGCAGAACAGUGUAACCUCAUAUCUUAGCUCUAGGGUAAAAUUGUUUCAAGAAAGUCAAAUACAGUGUUGAUCCUCACUAUAAGUAAUUUUCUGUCUGGUUUUAUCACUCCCUAAAUAAAAUUUGUUUUCUCCUCGA